AUUGUUGGAUUGUGGCGCCGCACUCCCGCUGGCGGCCGGCAGGGGGCGGAGUUCGAGCCUGGAUUUUUCCAGGAGGCAGUCCCGGCGUGGGGGAGGGGAGGGCGCGGCGCGAGGACGCGGUUCCGGCGGCUGCGGCGUUACUUUUGGUCCGGGCUCGGCGGGGAGGCCGCGACUGCCGCAUCAGAGCUGACGUGGGGACGACGUGGGGCCGCUGCCGGCGCCGGAUUGCUGGGCGGCGGCGCCGCUGCUGAGCGGCGGUCGGGCUCGGCGUCUCCACCUCCUCGCGUCCGUAAUCAGUGACGAGGUCCGCUACGUAAAUCCCUUCGCGGCGGACAAAUGACCAUGGAAACAGUUGAAUCCCAGCAUGAUGGAAGUGUAACAGCCUCUUUGACAGAGAGCAAGUCUGCUCAUAUGCAGACUCAGACUGGCCAAAAUUCAAUCCCUGCUUUAGCUCAGGUUUCUGUAGCUGGAUCAGGCACCGGAAGAGGCUCUCCAGCUGUAACUUUAGUGCAGUUACCUUCGGGCCAAACUGUACAUGUCCAGGGAGUAAUUCAGACACCACAGCCAUCGGUUAUUCAGUCACCACAAAUACACACUGUUCAGGUAGCAACAAUUGCAGAGACAGAUGAAUCUGCAGAAUCAGAAGGUGUAAUUGAUUCUCAUAAACGUAGAGAAAUCCUUUCACGAAGACCCUCUUACAGAAAAAUACUGAAUGAACUGUCCUCUGAUGUGCCUGGUGUUCCCAAGAUUGAAGAAGAAAAAUCAGAGGAAGAAGGAACACCACCUAACAUUGCUACCAUGGCAGUACCAACUAGCAUAUAUCAGACUAGCACGGGGCAAUACAUUGCUAUAGCCCAAGGUGGAACAAUCCAGAUUUCUAACCCAGGAUCUGAUGGUGUUCAGGGACUGCAGGCAUUAACAAUGACAAAUUCAGGAGCUCCUCCACCAGGUGCUACAAUUGUACAGUAUGCAGCACAAUCAGCUGAUGGCACACAGCAGUUCUUUGUCCCAGGCAGCCAGGUUGUUGUUCAAGCUGCCACUGGUGACAUGCCGACUUACCAGAUCCGAGCUCCUACUACUGGUUUGCCACAGGGAGUGGUGAUGGCUGCAUCGCCCGGAAGUUUGCACAGUCCCCAGCAGCUGGCAGAAGAAGCAACACGCAAACGAGAGCUGAGGCUAAUGAAGAACAGGGAAGCUGCCCGGGAGUGUCGCAGGAAGAAGAAAGAAUAUGUCAAAUGUCUUGAAAAUCGUGUGGCUGUGCUUGAAAACCAAAACAAGACUCUCAUUGAGGAACUCAAGGCCCUCAAAGAUCUUUAUUGCCAUAAAGCAGAGUAACUGUCUUUGACUUGGACCUUGUUUACUGUGAACUCUAAUCAAGGCAGGACAUGCAGCAGUUCUAAUGACUGCACUGUGGACGUGUGGAAAGGACCCUUGUGAAUCCAGUUUGGAUUAGUGUUUGAAAUUGAAUUGAAAAUGUUGUUCCCAGAUGUGGAAUGCAGCCGUGAUCACCCUUGCCUACCGAGCUUACUUUGAUCUGUUUGUCAGUAGCAUGCAAAAAAUGCUUUGUUUGCCCUUUGCUUCUGCUUUUUUCAGGGAAGCUGCCAAAGAAUGUCGACGUCGAAAGAAAGAAUACGUAAAAUGUCUGGAGAGCCGAGUCGCAGUGCUGGAAGUCCAGAACAAGAAGCUUAUAGAGGAACUUGAAACCUUGAAAGACAUUUGUUCUCCCAAAACAGAUUAGUAGAAAUAUUUAACUAUGAACUGAGGACAGCAUGUACAGUUGCUUUUGAAGGAAUACAAUAUAUAGCUGGCAAGAAUGGUGGCUUUUUUUUCUUUGUAUCAUUCAUCUUCUCGAAUCUCUUGACAUUCCUAAAAUGCUUCACUGUACGUAGUUAAGUCAUAGCUUUAACUUCAAAUUUUUUCAAGAGAUAAACUGUAAAAAAUGUAUGUAACAGAUUCUUAGAAUGCACUAUUUGUAAGACUUGUUCCAGUGCCACACACGUGCAGUUCCCAUUUUCUGUGUCAUGAAUAGUGUCCUAUGCAAUAAAAUUAUUUGCAGGUCUUUAAAUCAUUUUAGGAAAGGAUGAUCAAAAAUAAUGCAUCUAGCAGUACCAUAAAAGGAAACCACAAAAAAUACCUCAGGAAAUAAUUGAAAGAAAGUCUAUCUAAUGACAUGCCUAUAUGAGAAGAAUAGUCUAGAUACGCAUUUAUGGCAUUUGCAGAUUUUUAUAUUAGUUGCUUUGUAAAAAAAAAAAAAAAAAAAAAAAAAAAAGAUUGUAUUCUGUCCUUGAAUGCCAUAGUCGAAGAGAGUUUUUAAUAGAACCAUGUUGGUUGCAUUUUGUAGUGUUUGGUGCUCAUUUAAAUAUCUGAACAUUUACUACAGUUUUUAACUCUAUUGUGUAAUAUAAAAGGUCUUGCAGAAGUU